CGUGUUAAGUUGUUUAUAACGAUUCGCCAAGUGUGUGUUUGAUUAUACGGCACAGCGGAGCCAACAGUUGGUUGUAUAUUUCAUGUGUGAGCUAAGGCGGGACAGCAACAAGUGGUGGCCCAGCGAUCAAAGUAAAAGCCAGCAAUAAAAAAAUGUCUCGUCAUGAGAAAACAAAGUCCACAGGUGGUGGCAUACUGGAGACCUGGUUUGGACGACCGUCCAAGUCGAAAGGCAAUAGCUUCAAUAGCGGCACUCUGACUCACGGCGGACGGCCCACCUCUCUGGACAAUGAGGGCGUGUUGAGCGUCGAGGAUGUGGAGCAUUACAUUCAGGAGCUGAGCGAGGCUCAGGUGGAUGCCAAGUUCUUGGAAAUCAUCGAGGAUAUGAAUAUACCCAAGGACAAGCGGGAACCGCUGCUGGCCAAGUCCAAGGAGGAGCGUCAAAAGAUGAUACUCUGGCACCUAAAAGGCAAAAACUCACUGGAGCGCAACACGCACUCCCGCUUCGAGAAGCCCAUCGACUAUGUGGAUUACUUGCAGAAUGGGGAGCACAGCGAGCAUAAGGUCUACCAGUGCGUGGAAUCGCUGCGCGUGGCCCUCACCAGCAAUCCCAUCUCGUGGAUCAAGGAGUUUGGGGAGGCGGGCAUCGGACAGAUCGAACAGCUUCUGUCGAGAGCUAAGAAGGAUCGCACCUACGAUCGCAUCGAAUUCGAGGCGAUACGAUGCCUCAAAGCGAUCAUGAACAACACGUGGGGUCUCAAUGUGGUGCUCGUGCCCGAUCAGCACAGUGUGGUCCUGCUGCUGGCCCAAUCUCUCGAUCCCCGCAAGCCGCAGACCAUGUGCGAGGCCCUCAAGCUGUUGGCCUCCUUUUGCAUCGUUUACGAGCGGAAUGGCUACGAGAAGGUGCUGCGAGCCAUCACCACGAUAGCAGCCACAUCGUACAAGUCCAGCGAACGCUUCCGACCGAUUGUGGAUGCACUGUUUGCAUCGGACAAGCAGGAUCCCAAGCGAGAGCUGGCCUGCCACAGUCUGAUCUUCAUCAAUACGCUGACGAACACACCCACGGAUCUGAACUUUCGCCUGCAUCUGAGGUGCGAGAUCAUGCGAAUGGGGCUGUACGAUCGUCUCGAUGAGUUCAAGAAGAUCGUGGAGUCCAGCAACAAUGAGGCCCUGCAGCAACACUUUAAGAUCUUCAACGAGAUUCGGGAGGAUGACUUUGAGGAGUUCGUGCAGCGGUUCGAUAAUGUGACCUUCAACAUGGAUGAUGCCCAGGACUGCUUCGAUGUGCUGAAGAACCUCAUCACGGACACCAACUCGGAGCCGUACUUCCUGUCCAUUCUGCAGCAUCUGCUGUACAUCCGCGACGACUUUUACUUCCGACCCGCCUACUAUCAACUGAUCGAAGAGUGCAUCUCGCAGAUCGUCUUCCACAAGGGCUACUGUGAUCCGAACUUUGCCAAUCGCGACUUUAACAUUGACACCUCGCUCCUGCUGGACGAUAUUGUGGAGAAGGCCAAGGCCAAGGAGUCGAAGCGCUCGGAGGAGUACGAGAAGAAGAUCGAGGAGCUAGAGAGCGCCAAGCAGGAGGCUGAGGCCAAGGCCGCACAUCUCGAGGAGAAGGUCAAGCUGAUGGAGGCCAAUGGUGUGGCCGCUCCAUCGCCCAAUAAGCUACCGAAAGUUAAUAUACCAAUGGCGCCGCCACCACCUGGUGGAGGAGGAGCACCGCCACCGCCGCCGCCUCCUAUGCCGGGUCAAGCGGGAGGCCCUCCGCCACCACCGCCAAUGCCUGGCAUGGGAGGACCCAGACCUCCACCCCCGCCGCCUAUGCCCGGAAUGGGUGGUGGUCCACCGCCACCACCCAUGAUGCCUGGCAUGAUGCGACCUGGAGGUCCACCUCCGCCCCCCAUGAUGAUGGGGCCCAUGGUGCCCGUGCUGCCGCACGGCCUGAAGCCCAAAAAAAAGUGGGACGUAAAGAAUCCUAUGAAGCGGGCCAACUGGAAGGCCAUUGUGCCGGCCAAAAUGUCCGAGAAGGCGUUCUGGGUCAAGUGCCAGGAGGAUAAGCUGGCCCAAGAUGAUUUCCUCGCAGAACUGGCCAUGAAAUUCUCCUCAAAGCCCGUGAAGAAAGAGCAAAAGGAUGCGGUGGACAAGCCGACAACGUUGACCAAAAAGACGAUCGAUCUGCGUGUACUCGACUCGAAAUCCGCCCAGAAUCUGGCCAUACUGUUGGGUGGCUCCCUCAAGCAUUUGUCAUACGAGCAGAUCAAGAUCUGUCUGCUGCGCUGCGAUACGGCCAUAAUGUCCUCCAAUAUACUGCAGCAGUUGAUCCAGUAUCUGCCGCCGCCAGAGCAGCUUAAGCGUUUGCAGGAGAUCAAAACAAAGGGAGAACCACUACCGCCCAUUGAACAGUUUGCAGCAACCAUAGGUGAAAUCAAACGCCUGUCGCCGCGCCUUCACAACCUGAACUUCAAGCUGACUUACGCGGACAUGGUGACGGAUAUCAAACCCGAUAUUGUGGCCGGUACAGCAGCCUGCGAGGAGGUGCGCAACAGCAAAAAGUUCUCCAAGAUCCUGGAACUGAUACUCCUGCUGGGCAACUACAUGAACUCGGGCUCCAAGAACGAAGCUGCCUUUGGCUUUGAGAUCAGCUACCUGACCAAAUUGACCAACACCAAGGAUGCGGAAAACAAGCAGACGCUGCUCCACUAUCUGGCCGAUCUCGUGGAAAAGAAAUUCCCCGAUGCCCUCAACUUUUACAGCGAUCUGUCGCAUGUGGACAGGGCGUCGCGUGUGAAUAUGGAUGCCAUACAGAAGGCAAUGAGGCAAAUGAAUUCGGCGGUAAAGAAUCUGGAAACGGAUUUGCAGAACAACAAAGUCCCGCAAUGCGAUGAUGACAAGUUUAGUGAAGUGAUGGGUAAAUUUGCUGAGGAAUGCAGACAGCAAGUCGAUGUAUUGGGAAAAAUGCAACUGCAAAUGGAGAAGCUUUAUAAAGACCUGAGCGAGUACUAUUCCUUCGAUCCCAUCAAGUACACCAUGGAGGAGUUCUUUGCCGACAUCAAGACCUUCAAGGAUGCCUUCAAGUCGGCCCACAACGAUAAUGUGCGCGCUCGCGAGGAGCAGGAGAAGAAGCAGCGCAUGCAGGAGGCUCGCGAACAGUCGGCCCGCGAACAAAUGGCCCGACAACAGCAGAAGCGUGCCCUGGUCGACAUGGAUGCGGCCCAGGCGCAGGAGGGCGUCAUGGACAGCCUGCUGGAGGCGCUGCAAACGGGUUCGGCAUUUGGCCAGCGCAAUCGACAGGCGCGCAGACAACGACCCGCGGGGGCCGAGCGACGAGCACAACUCAGUCGCAGUCGAUCCCGGACGCGAGUAAAUAAUGGCCAGCUAAUGACCCGCGAGAUGAUAUUGAACGAGGUGCUCGGCUCGGCGUAGUUUGGACACAGACACCCACCCACACACAUACACAAGCAAUUCCCCCUCCUCCCUCCUUCUCUGUACAUAUAUAAAUAGACAUCUGUAGCGAUCUAAGGGCCUAAGACAUUAGCCAUGUACAUCUGUAUCUGUAUAUCUGUGUAUCCGUAUCCGUAUCUGUGUAGCCUUGUGUACAUAUCAAUUCGAUUGGCAUGUGUACGGGUGGAGUUAGCUAAAGCAAAGAUAUCUAUUUUAACAAAGCCGCAAAGUACUAAAUAAGCUCUGGGCGGUAGCUCUCGUUGGAGAAUCGAUUUAAAUGAUGUGAAGCAUUGCUGAAAGUUUUUCAAGUCACAAAAUGGAAACAUUUUUCUACAUUAAACUAAGGCCUUCUACAAGGGCUAUCUAUACACUUGAUUAGAUAUCUCUAUUUGAGGAUUUUUAACGAAAAGAUAAAUUUGUGUAUUUUUACUAUUCUAAAGAAUAAUUGAACAUUUUUGUUUAAUAUGUGAUCCAUGAGGAAUAAGAAGACGAAGAACUAUAAUGAAAAUAGUUCAUUUUUGUUUCUAUAUAAUUUCUAAAACAAAUCUAAUGCCUUUUUUUAAGACUGUCUUUUCACUACUUUUAAAUCGAGAAAUCUAAAGUUACGUUUUAAUCUGUAUCUAACAAGUAUUCUUUGUCUACUUUAUUCAGUCUUUAUUAUGGAAUGCAAAUAUUAUUGAAUCAAAGAACUUAAAUCUAUGUUUAUU